AUAUAAUCAAUCCUCUUCUUUGAUUUUACACAAAAUUAAACAUAAGCAUAUCCCCUUUGCUUGAGCCCUUCAACUAGGUCCUUGUGGCCCACUCAUCUCCUCUCCUUUCUCGAGAAGCUAGCAGUCUGAUCGAGGGCGGCUUCACUUCUUGCAGGGGGGUGGAAUUAAUGGGAGACCAGGAAUAUCUUAUCAAUGGCUACGCCGUGUGGGUGGGUUAUCUGUCCAUGGCCAUCAGUGGCUUGGGUUUCCUGGUGCUUACUUGGACCACUGUUGUACUUCUUGGUGGUUUCGUGUCUGAGCUACAUAAGGAGGACUUUUGGUGUGCGGCGUUCAUCACCCUUGUACAAACAGCUGGGAUUUUUGAUGUUACUCUGAAUGAGAAACUAGGCUAUAUGGAGGAUGCGCUCCUUGGGUUCUUGGCGGCCAUUUCAUUUGGCAUUGUACCCGAUGAUGCGCCUAGCAAGAGUUGCACCCAAGAUUUGUUGUCUUUUCUUCUCUUUUUCUCGGUAAUUCUUUUAGUGUUGGUUCAAGUAAUGGUGUUGGCCUUAAUAUUAAGCCCUUUGGCAAUUAUAUAUGUGCUUGGGAUAUUUAUGUCCGGGGUGAUCUCAUUGUGGCGUCUGAUAGAGCACGAUCACGGGGGCAACUCAGAUGAAAAAGCAUCAAACCUAGCACCAGCAUUGCAGACCUUGUACUACCUUGCUCUGCUCCAAGGCGUGCUCUUCUGCUAUAGGUUUCUGUUGACUCUCACGGAGAAGAAGUUUUCUAAGACUCUGGUCACCGAAGACUCGAUGGCCACUGAAGACUCGGAAGUUCAAGCAGUACUUUACAACUACUUGCGUAAAACAAGGAGAGGAUGUGAGAAGGACCCGACAUUUACCGAAGGAAGGAACCUCGUCACAUAUGCUGUAGACAAGAUUGGUUCCAAUUCACCUGUUGACAGCAUUUCCGGGGUAAAGAUCCUAUACGCAGCCAUAUGCAUGGUGGAGAGCAAGAAUGAUUGGUCCAAUGUCCAUGGGCAGCGCAUGCUGAUAAAACAUCUUGUCUUGUCUACAUCAUCCUCUCGGAAUGUACUGCCGAAACUGCUAGAGAUGCUAGAUUCAAGAGGCCUACAUGACAGAAGGGGUAGAAUUCAAGCCGCGAUGAUAGUGGAGCGACUUGCAUUCUACAUUAAUUUGGAGCAGUUUCCUCGGAGUAUUCAACACAUAUCUUCCUUGAUCGGGACGUUUGAACAAUAUAGUAUAGCCGAGCCAUAUCCCAGAUCCAAGGAUGGAUACGAGCAGCAUCUGAAACUGCAGGUUACUCGUGGGCGUCCCUCACCAGCCGGCGAACUUGGGAAGGCCUACAAGGAGUUGUUGCUACAAGGCCUGUCUAUCCUCCGGAACCUUGCCGCCGACGAAAACAAUUGCAGAAUCAUGAGCAACACCCGAGAUCUGGUCUCCAAGAUCAUGGCACCUGUCACUUCCGACCUACUCGACCACACCACCGAUGAUCAUGGUACAUGGUGCGAAGUAGUAGGCCGAUCGAUGGAAGUGAUGAGCCAUUUAAGCGGUGCUCAAGGAGAAACUGGGGCCAAGCUACGUCAUGAAAUCUCAAGCUGUACAGAAGCAAUCAGAACUCUCUCGAGGAUUCUUGGUUGUAAUAAGUGUAAAGAAGAGAUGCGGCAAAGAGCCAUUUGGAUUCUCACACGAUUGUACACGGAUACUAUUGGAAUCAGCGGAUCAUUUGAGUAUAGUUGUUGCGGAGAAGACUUUGUUAGGAUGCUAGUCAACAUCUUCACUCAGGAUAAUGAGUAUAGCAGCUCCAUCAGAGGAUACGCCGGAGAAGCGCUGUCAAAUAUAUGUUUCCUUGGCGGAAUUAGUGAUGCCACACUUAUCAUACAAACAAGUGGUGAUGUUAUUAAUAGUCUCACUCAAGUACUUUUACAUGAAGAAAACGAGACGUGCAGACAAGCAUCGGCUGAAAUUCUUGAGUGUCUAUGUACCCAUUACACCAAGGAUGAUGAAUACCUUCACAAACUUAAGAAAGCAAUCCUCAAGGUGAUUGGAAAAAUACUUUGUUGUGGAGACGGAACACAUAAUGGAGAAGACAUAGAGAGCCAAUGUGAUGGCACACAAGAAAACAAUGAGCCGAACAAGGAUGCCCAGGGAUUCCAAGUAGAAACACUCUCAACUAUGUCAUCGAACUUGCUUUCAUCAUUGUUAUGCCUUUGCGGGACGGUCUACAACACGUCGUCGGUCAUUGAUUUGCGUCCUCAGCUGGAUGCAUCUAGCUUUCUAAAUAAUCUGAGGGACAUGGUAGUGAAAAGAAGUGGCCCCACCGUCGAAAACCUGUCAGUGUGCAAGGCGGCCGGUAAUAUGGUCAUUUCAAUGCUGAAAUACUACAGUGGCGGGUUCUUCAAAGAAGACAACUUUGGGAGCUUGAUAGAGGUACUAUCUAGCGCUUCCAAGAAGAUGCUAGAUCUCGACUACUCCAUGGUUUGCUCUUCCGCCAGCAGCUCCGAAACCGGAUCAAAGCUUGGCAGGCGUACCCUACUGUCCCUCGUGAGAGAAGCGAAAGAAUUGCAUGCCAUGGCACCAUCUACAUCUUUGAGUGGCUGAUUUGCCAUCAAGUUUAGGUACUUUUUAUUCAUUCACUGGGUUGGUUGUGUGACGUAGUAUGAAGAUAUGCAUUGCCAAUUUUAUUCACUGGUGUAUGGAGAUUAUAUAUGCAUUGUCAAAAAAUAUUAUCAGUGCUCUUCGUAUUUA